AACUUACAUCUCACUUCUAGAGUUGACAUUUCGAACAAUUUCUAGCUCUAUAUAUAUAUAUAUAACAUGCCUUUGCUUCCUUACAAAACCAAGUUCACUGAAUAUCUGCUUGGGUAAUACAUUAGUUGUGUAAAUGAGUCAGGUUUUCACAGACGAGGUUGUGGCAAGAGCCAUGGAGGACACAGGAAGCGCGCCUUCUUCACGCAGACAUCAUGGUUUGCCACACAUUCAUAAGGUGGGAACUGCUCCUAAGCAGACACUUUACCAAGAGAUCAAACAUUCUGUUAAGGAGACCUUCUUCUCUGACGACCCCUUAAGCCAAUUUAAGGGCCAAAGCAGGAAAAGAAAGCUUGUUUUGGGCAUGCAAUCUGUCUUCCCCAUUGUUGAAUGGGGAAGAGAUUACAAUCUUCAAAAGUUCAAGGGUGAUUUCAUCGCUGGACUCACCAUUGCAAGUCUAUGUAUUCCUCAGGACAUUGCAUACGCAAAGCUUGCAAAUUUGGACCCUGUGCAUGCACUGUACACAAGCUUUGUGGCUCCUCUUGUCUAUGCAUUCAUGGGAACCUCCAGAGAUAUUGCCAUAGGACCUGUAGCCGUGGUGUCCCUCUUGCUUGGGACUAUGCUUACUGAUGAGAUUGCCGACUCUAAAAGCCCUGACUACCUACGUCUUGCAUAUACUGCCACCUUCUUCGCAGGAAUCACUCAAUUGGCACUAGGAUUUUUCAGGCUUGGUUUCUUGAUUGACUUCCUAUCUCAUGCUGCCAUUGUGGGAUUCAUGGGUGGAGCUGCCAUCACUAUUGCACUGCAACAGCUUAAAGGUCUACUAGGCUUAAAAACUUUCACGAAGAAAACUGAUAUUGUUUCUGUCAUGCGCUCGGUUUGGAAACCAGUGGAACAUGGGUGGAAUUGGGAGACUAUAGUCAUUGGAAUGUCAUUCUUGGUCUUCAUUCUUAUAACAAAAUAUAUUGCCAAAAAGAAUAAGAAACUCUUUUGGGUGGCCGCAAUCGCUCCUAUGAUCUCUGUUGUAGUGUCUACCUUUUGUGUGUACAUUACCAGGGCUGACAAGAAAGGAGUGGCAAUUGUGAAACAUAUAAAACAAGGUGUGAAUCCUGCAUCUGCUAGUGAAAUUUUUUUCAGUGGAGAAUAUUUUGGUGCUGGUGUUAAGAUUGGUGUGGUAUCUGGUAUGGUAGCACUCACGGAAGCUGUAGCGAUUGCGAGAACAUUUGCUGCCAUGAAAGACUAUUCAAUCGAUGGUAAUAAAGAAAUGGUGGCAAUGGGAACAAUGAACAUUGUUGCUUCCUUGACAUCUUCUUAUGUGGCUACAGGAUCUUUUUCGCGCUCAGCAGUGAACUACAUGGCUGGUUGUAAAACUGCUGUAUCAAACAUUGUUAUGUCCAUGGUCUUAUUACUAACUCUGCUAGUUAUCACACCUCUAUUUAAGUACACUCCAAAUGCUGUCCUCGCUUCAAUUAUCAUAGCAGCAGUGAUGAACCUGGUUGACGUUCAAGCAGCUAUUCUUCUGUGGAAGAUUGACAAAUUCGACUUUGUGGCUUGCAUGGGAGCCUUCUUUGGUGUGAUCUUCAAAAGUGUUGAGAUUGGCCUUCUUAUCGCGGUGGCAAUAUCUUUUGCCAAAAUCCUUUUACAAGUGACAAGGCCAAGGACUGCAAUACUUGGGAAGCUUUCAGGGACUAAAGUUUACAGGAAUAUCCUUCAAUAUCCCAAAGCAACCCAGAUUCCUGGCAUGUUGAUUAUCAGGGUUGACUCUGCAAUCUACUUCUCAAACUCCAACUAUAUCAAGGACAGAAUUUUGAAGUGGUUGACUGAUGAAGAGGUCCUAAGGACAGCGAGCGAAUUUCCCAGCAUACAGUCUCUCAUUGUUGAAAUGUCACCUGUUACUGAUAUUGACACAAGUGGCAUCCAUGCCUUGGAAGAUUUAUUUAAGAGCCUUAAGAAAAGAGAAGUGCAGCUUCUCCUGGCAAACCCGGGGCCAAUUGUGAUAGAGAAGCUCCAUGCCUCCAAGUUAUCGGACAUAAUUGGGGAAGAUAAAAUAUUUUCAUCAGUGGAUGAUGCCGUUGCAACUUUUGGUCCAAAGGGUGAAGUAAAGUAACUGUUUCAACAUGUUUAAGCCAAAGAUGCAAAAGUGGUUUGUAGUUUCAUAGGAAAGCUAAUGGGUAUAAAUUUGUAUUCAGUUAAUGUGAUUCUCUUAAGCCAAAUCGUUUGUAGUUUUGUUGUGAUUCUCUUGAUUUCUACUUCAGUUGAUGUGAUGUAUAAAAUAAGAGUAGGAAAGUAGGAAAGGAAAAAGAAGAUGUGUUCUGUUUGGGAAAUGUUAGAUGGUGCAAAUAGUUUCGACACGAAUCUGCACAAUGUCGACGAGUUAUUAUUAUAUUGCCUUUUUCUCUUGUA